GUGUGUGCCGUUUGCUUGGGGAGCAAAUCUCAUGCCUUCAUCGAGUGCACAGCGGAGCGCCUUUGGGACAACUCCCACUCUGCUCUCACCACACGCGUCAACAGACAGCUCCUGUUACGCAGCUCAGACAAGCCUUUGUGCGUCGACUGGCAGCAUUCCAAAAGCUGCUCCAGUCGCUCUCACAACGAGAGACAUAUUUGCUCAGGGUGUCUUGCCAACUCCCAUGGAGCUCAGCAGUGCCCUCGCGCACAGACGUCAAAACUCACUCACGCCGUACAAUCCUGA